AAUCGGCCUCAAACUAACGCCUUAGUGUCGUAAAAGUAAAGCGCGCGAAGGCUAUACGUAUUUUCUGCGAGCGCUUUGAUAUUCUAAAAGUCAUACGUUGGUCGGCUUAGCAGCUCCGGUCUCGUGGAGAUCAUCGCUCGAUCAACACUCCGGCGGAAAAGAGUCCACUCGCGGCGGACCCGUUUACCGCGACGAUCAUACCAAAUGAGAAUAUCCCUCUACUAAUGGCAUCGACUCAAAUGGCGUUCCCCUAUCUUUCGCGAACAAAUACCAACCAAUCGCUUUCCAAUGGCGUUACUGCGAACGGCCACCGCGCAUCUCUCUCCUCCUUCUUAUCUUCGCGCUCAGCCUCACAGAUGUCUCAUGCUUCACGACCUCCACGAUCCCCGCAGCCGCCCAUAAUGACCAACGAUCGCACAUCCGAUCCCAGUUCGAAGUCUAAGACUUCGUCGCUGGGAAGCCAAACCGCCGAAUCUUCGCAACAUUCUUCUCUUUCCCCACCAAAACGACCUAGCCCCAAUAGCCAGUCGCCGCGAAAAUUGCGCUCGCAAUAUCCUCGAGAGUCGGAUGAGAACCAUGUCGAAUAUAUUCUGGUCGCAUCCUUCGAUAUUGACCGUGGGCCUGUAAUGGAGCAUCAAUAUCCGGUCGCAAUUACCGGAGAUGAGCAUAUGUUGGCAGAACUCAUGUUACCGGAUCAAGUUCAUUCGCGCACUCAAGAUUGGACCAUAUUUUUCUUACAUAAAGAUACGAGUCAAGAAGAUGACGAUGAUGAGAAAAAGGAGAGGGAAGAAAGGCGAAGACGCAGGAAACGUAGAAGGGAUAGGGCCGCAGGAAUAAUUAAUGAGGACGACGAAACGAUUGACGAAGAAGACGAAAAUGAAGAGGACGAUGAAGAUGAUGAUUGGGAUGAUGAUUCUACAACCGAUUCGGAACCCGAAGGAGGAGAAGGACCUCCAUUAAUAUACGUAUUGAACUUAGUUUAUACCCGACACGACAAAUCAGUGAAGAGAGGUGCAAUAGUCAAGGCAAUGGCUAUAUGUACGCGACACCCCUUCUUACAUAUCUAUAAGCCUCUCCUAUUACUUGCGCUGGAAGAAUAUUAUAAAUCGCCAGUUCCUGAGACGUUGGCGUUACUUUACGAGGCCGUCAAUAACAUGGACUUGUCUCUAAUGCCGAAGCUCAGUCUCCUCGAAAGAUAUCUACUACAAUCAAGCGUUAAUAAGGACCUGUUUGUUGAGAAAUUCGAGCGAAUGGUGCAGAUGCGAAUAGCGGAAGAUAAAACCGAAGGACUUGGCGAACCAUUCGACGCCAGCAAAAGCCCCCCUAAGCAAGUACAAGGCAUUUCCCGAGCAGGAACAAAAGCUCAUCUUGAAGGUCAAUCCGCAUAUUCUGUUCCACGAGAUACGCACGAAUUUGAAAGCAAAGUCAUGUACAAGGGCAUACCAAUCCCUGUCAAGAUUCCAACAGCGAUCAUGCCGGAGACCGUGGGGGAUUUCUCUCUUAUUAAACUAAUCCAAACCUUUUCCGAACCUCACGCAAAGUCCGUACAGCAAUUUUCGAUACAUACUCAUCUAACGACAAACGGCCCAGGGACCCAUCCUAUAAUAGUGCUUGCGAAUGCACUCCUUACCCAGAAAAGGGUAAUUUUCCUCGGACAUACCAUGCCAUCAGGCGAAGUUGCCGAAGCCGUGUUAGCAGCAUGUGCGCUUGCGUCUGGUGGUGUGUUGCGAGGAUUCACUAGACAUGCAUUCCCGUACACAGACCUUACUAAAGUCGACGAUCUGUUGAAGGUUCCUGGAUUUAUAGCGGGUGUUACAAACCCUACCUUUGAACUCCAUCCCGAGUGGUGGGACCUAUUAUGUGACCUGCAGACCGGACGAAUGAAGAUUAGUGAGAAGAUUGAACCUGCGCCGAUUACGGAAGGGCUUGUGUAUUUCCAACAACAGCAUCCGUCUUUCGCAAACAUGCUUGGUGGGUCGCCCAACGCCACCGCGGACUUUACCGGAGACGUGGUGUUUAUGAACGAUAUCCUCAAGAGCAUAACAGCGAGACGUGGUGAGCAAGUCAUUCGAGCCAGGUGGCGAGAUUGGGUUGUCAGAUUUACUCGGAUAGCUGCAGCUUUCGAGGAAGCUGUUUAUGGUGCCAGUGCCUUGUAUAUUGGGGGUGAUGAAUUCGAAACCCUCGCAGGCGGACAUGGGUAUGUAUGGCCGGACGAAAAUGCCAAGCAAAAGGAGUUGGCUGGCAACGUAUGCAGGAUCGAGGGCUGGAGGAAUACCCGAAGCUACUACAGUUACAUACAGGACCUCGCGAAAUUAUAUACAAUUCGACCCCUAAAAGGGCUCGACUUACAUCACAUGCACGACCGCCUACGAUCACAGAGGCUCAGCCCGAUACAAAGUCGGGAAAUUUACCUAACAAUCUCAAAGUAUGUGCAUUCGUACGGCGAAACCUGCCUAUUAUUAUCGGUAGCGCCAGAUUCCCACGCAGGACUUUUCUACCUAGCCCUGGGACUAUUCCAUAAGGACAAGGACGUCCGAAUUAAGACAUCAGAGCUCAUCGAGCGUAUCAGUGAACACGAAGCCGGUCAACAUUGGUGGAAGGGAAUGAGCCGGUUCGAGAAAUUAGCUUACCACCGCAUAAGACGAGAGGCGGAUGCAGAGACGAAGAAUAAGCUCGAGAAGGAGGGAUUUAGUCCCGAGGUAGAGAAGAGGAUUAGCUAGAAGAGCAUAAUGGUUGGAGAAACAUAUGUCGAAAGAGCCAAGAGGUCUAAAUAGGACCUGCUGUUGUUGCUGCUACAAUGUUGCUAAAGAGAUGUGCUCGUUUAUUUUCUGAAGAUAUCCGCGACUUCGAAUGUUUAUAUAUACCACGUAAUCUGAACAAAGAAUCACUUUCGAAUGCUCUCAGGCUUCGUUUUACUCUCAUGAGUCGUGAAUUAUAUC